CUGCUCAACCGACAUCGGCUGCGGGCAAUGAAAUUUGUCGACUGAAGUGUGCGGGGAAUAGCUCAGAGGAAAUAAAAAGAAAAUACUGGCAAAAAUGACGGUGGACUUUGAAGAAUGUAUUAAAGAUUCCCCCCGGUUCAGGGCUGGCAUCGAUGAGGUGGAAACAGAUGUGGGGGAGAUCGAGGCUAAGCUUGAUAAGUUGGUGAAACUGUGCAGUGGGAUGAUCGAGGCUGGCAGGGCCUACGUCGGGGCCAACAAGCUCUUUGUCAAUGGCAUCAAGGACCUUUCCCAGCAGUGCAAGAAGGAGGAGAUGAUCUCAGGAUGUCUGGAAAAAUGUGGAGAAAGCCUACAAGAGAUUGUCAACUACCAUAUAAUUUUGUUUGAUCAAGCUCAGAGGUCUAUCAAGCAGCAGCUCCAUACCUUCAUCAAGGAUGAUGUUCGUAAAUUCAAAGAGACUAAAAAGCAAUUUGAUCGGUUGCGGGAAGACAUGGAGCUGGCCCAAGUGAAGAAUGCCCAGGCUCCCAGGAACAAGGUCCAUGAGGCCGAGGAGGCAACACAGGCCCUCAUCCUCAGCCGCAAAGCCUUCAGGCACCUGGCGUUGGACUAUGUGCUGCAGAUAAACGUACUUCAGGCUAAGAAGAAGUUUGAAAUCCUGGAUGCAAUGCUGUCCUUCAUGCGUGCACAGUACACUCUGUUCCAACAAGGUUACAACAUCUUGGAUGAGAUUGACCCUUAUAUGAAAAAACUGGCUGCCCAGCUGGACCAGCUGGUGAUUGACUCAGCCGUGGAGAAGAGGGAGAUGGAGCACAAACACGCUCUCGUCCAGCAGAGGACUCUUAUGCAGGACUUCUCCUAUGAUGACAAAGUUGAGUUCAAUGUUGAUGCACCCAAUGGUGUGGUAAUGGAGGGCUACCUUUUCAAGAGGGCCAGCAAUGCCUUCAAAACCUGGAACAGGCGGUGGUUUUCCAUACAAAACAGCCAACUGGUCUACCAAAAGAAACUUAAGGACUCUCUGACGGUGGUGGUGGAGGAUCUGAGACUGUGUUCGGUCAAGCCCUGUGAAGACAAUGAGAGGAGGUUCUGCUUCGAGGUGGUCUCACCCACUAAGAGCUGUAUGCUGCAGGCUGAGUCUGAAAAACUACGGCAGGCAUGGAUCCAAGCAGUGCAGGCUAGCAUAGCCUCUGCAUACAGAGAGAUCUCUGACAAUUACUACUUAGAGCGUUUGGACCGGACGGCCUCACCCUCCACCAGCAGUAUCGACUCUGCCAGUGAGCCCAGGGAGAGGGGGGAGCGUGUGGAGAGGGGAAUGCGGGGAGGAGGGGAAAGUCUCCUCCAGAGGGUACAAGGCCUGCCAGGCAAUGAAGUGUGCUGCGACUGUGGACAAGCAGCUCCUUGCUGGGCCUCCAUCAACCUUGGGGUAUUGCUCUGCAUUGAGUGCUCGGGAAUCCACAGGAGUCUAGGUGUUCACUGCUCCAAAGUGCGUUCUCUUACGCUGGACUCUUGGGAACCAGAAUUACUCAAGCUAAUGUGUGAGCUGGGCAACACAGUCAUAAACCAGAUUUAUGAGGGAGCCUGUGAGGAGCUGGAAGUGAAAAAACCAGGACCCUCCAGUUCAAGGCAAGAGAAGGAAGCCUGGAUCAAGGCCAAAUAUGUGGAGAAGCGCUUCUUGAAAAAGAUGAGUGGGAGCGAGUCAUUGGUGGAAGGUGAGAGGAAGUCUCACCCCUGGCCUGUGAAGAAAUGUCAUCGACGCAACAGCUCAAUCCGGGCACCCAGUAAGGUCCGUAGGAAAUACCAUCGCUACGAGCCUGGUAGCGCCUCAUCUGCAAACCUCUCAGCAGCAGCGGCAGCGGCAGCAGCAAAGUUUCGCCGGGACUCUCUCUUCUGUCCAGAUGAGCUGGACUCACUUUUUUCCUAUUUUGACACUGGCUCUGGCCCUCGCAGCCCCGCAGGUCUUAGCAGUGACAGCGGCUUGGGAGGAAGUACUGAUGGCAGCACAGAUAUUCUGGUAUUUGGUUCAGUGGUGGACAGCGUCACAGAGGAAGAGGAGGAAUCGGAAGAGUCCUCUAGUGGUGAGGUGGAGAUUGAGCAGGAGGUGUCUUCAGAUCCUGAGGACCCCAGGGAGCUGCAUCCUGGAGCUCUCCUCUAUCGCUCCUCACGCCUCCAUAACCUGUCACUGAUGGCUGAAGCGCUGGCACAUGGUGCUGACGUACACACGGCAUGUGAGGAGGAGGAGGGCAAGACGCCACUCAUUCAGUCUGUAAUCGGAGGUUCUCUCAUAGCAUGUGAGUUCCUUCUGCAGAACGGAGCAGAUGUGAACCAGAGGGACAUGAGAGGGAGAGGUCCCCUCCAUCAUGCAACAUACUUGGGACAUACGGGUCAGGUGUGUUUGUUCCUGAAACGGGGAGCCUCACAGACGGAGGUGGAUGAGCAGGGUCAUGACCCCUUGAGUAUCGCUGUGCAGGCUGCCAACGCUGAUAUUGUCACCCUAUUGCGUCUGGCGCGGAUGAACGAGGAGAUGCGAGAGGCGGAGACUCCCUUGGGCCAGCCAGGUGACAUCGCCAGUAGUGGGGUAUUUCGCGAGUUUUCUCUCCUUGCGUCUCUCCAGCCCCAGAAGUUGAGGAAAAGAAGUAUACAGUUUAGCCGCUGCCAGAAGAUAUGA